CAGGGGGUCAGGGGUCAGAGCGGCGCCAUGACGGAGCAGAGCGGCGCGUCCGAAGAUCCAUUUGGGAGGACUGACUCCUCGUUCAGCGAUAAUGGUUUUGAUUCCGGGUUUUUUGCUGACAAUACUAGAAAAGGAAGCGUAGUGUCAAGAGCAAAUAGUAUAACAUCAAACACAGGCUCCACCAGUGCCUCCUCUGUACCUAACACAGCCGAUUGCAUGACAGACAAUGAUUGUUCUCCAACUGCAGAUGAUGAAGAUAGUGAUUACAGGCAGGAAAUUGCCUAUAAAGAAACUUAUAAAGACCGACGGAGACAGGCUCAUACGCAGGCUGAACAAAAGAGACGAGAUGCCAUCAAGAAAGGAUAUGAUGAAUUACAGUCAAUCGUCCCUACGUGCCAACAGCAAGAUUUCUUGAUUGGAUCCCAGAAGCUGAGUAAAGCCACAGUUCUUCAGAAAACUAUUGAUUAUAUUCAGUUUCUGCACAAGGAGAAGAAGAAGCAAGAUGAAGAACUCUCCACUCUGCGCAAAGAUGUCAUGGCUCUAAAGAUUAUGAAGGCGAAUUAUGAAGCGAUUGUAAAAGCCCAUCGGAGUAAUCCUCACCAAGGCAAGGAUCAGGUGACUGAUCAAGUCAAGUUCAGUAUAUUUCAGAGCAUCAUGGACUCCCUGUUUCAGACCUUCAAUGCCUGCAUCUCUGUGACCAGCUUCCAGGAGUUGUCAGCUUGCGUCUUCAGCUGGAUUGAGGAACAUUGCAAACCACAGAUACUGCGGGAGAUCGUGGUUGGGAUACUGCAGCAGUUAAACAGUCAGCUGCAAUGAGUUGCCAGAUGUUUAUCAUUGCUGAACUGAGAGCAGAAUUAUAUUCUGAAAUUUCCAAAAAUAUGAAAUGAGCUCUGAUAUCAGUGAAAAAUUAAUAUUGAAGCAAAUGGCUGAAAGAAUUUGCACUUUUUAUUCUAAUUAAAGAUGUGAAUUCACGGUGACACUUUGAAAAUGUUCAGAAAAACAAAUAGGUUCAUUAUAAGACCGUGUGAGCGACUUGUGGCAUAGUUAGUAGUGUCCCUGUGUCUUGGCUAGUAGGUUCAUGUUCAAGUUUUACCUAACCUGGAGAUGUCUCAUGAAAAAAAAUUGUUAUAAGAUGUUUAGGCAUUGUGCCUUUGAGAGUGCUCUGCCAUUUAAUAAGAUUAUGGCUGAUCAUCUGUCUCAGCUCCACUUUU